CUACUUAAACGAGACACUUUAAGACUUGGAAGAAAACUAUCAAACUAGUCUUAAGGUCGGAAGCACAUGCGUAUAGUCCUCCGUAGCGUUGCGUGUUUACUUAGGCAGAGGUGUUCACGGAUUUUACUUCUGAAUCCAGUCAACAAACAGGAUCUAAACACAAUGUCUUCAGUGUCUUCUAAUAGCCGAGCGCCAUCAUCCACUUAUAAAAUCCAGCUUUCAGAAGACAGCUGGACAUUGAAGUAUGCCACCGGCGACUUGUUUUCCUGCCCACGGGACGAAUCUUUGGCCCACUGCAUCAGUGAGGACAUCCGCAUGGGAGCAGGGAUAGCAGUCACGUUCAGGAAGAGGUUCGGUGAAGUGUUGACGUUAAAGGAGCAGAAGAAGGUGCCAGGGCAGUGUGCUGUCCUGACUCAUGAUCGACGUUUCAUCUAUUAUCUGAUAACAAAGAAAAAAGCCAGCCAGAAACCCACAUAUGACAGCCUGAGGAGGAGUCUGGAAGACAUGAAGACUCAUUGCUUACAGAAUGGUGUCAAAAGGAUAUCAAUACCUCGAAUUGGUUGUGGCCUGGACCGACUGCAGUGGUCAAAGGUGUCACAGAUCCUGGAGCAGGUCUUUAAAGAGACGGAUAUCACCAUAACCGUGUACAGUCUGCCCAAGAAAGCAGAGACCACAGUGAUGAAGGAAAAUAUGCGAUGAUUCAUGGUUUUUAUAAUCAUUAUUGGCAGGGUUCACUGUAUGCACUUUUCUCCAUUAUUCCUGCAGCAUGAAGUCAAGAGUUUUUCCAGUGGAAAAGCAAUUAUGUAAUCAUUAUAUUGAAAAUAAAAUGCAUUUUCUAACAAAUCGGUUUCACUGCAAAGAAAUGACGUGGAGCUCUUCAGCAGCUCUGUUAAUAGAAAACUCCAAUUGGUAGUUUUCUGCUCUCUGAUUACAGCAGGGCUCCCUCUUGUGUGAAUUUAGGUUUUUAUCAACAGCUCAAUAUUUAACAGAAGAGGUGUUUAACACACCACUGUACUGGCUUUAGAAAACACACCACUGUACUGGCUUUAGAACACACACCUCCAGUAGGGCUUUUUUGAAAGCAUUUUGAAAUUAUACUGUUUGGAAAGCUCUUGAUCCUAAAAUAAGUGUCAGUUUGUCGCUUACAACUACACACAGCUUCUUUUAUUCUAUACGUUUUUCAUCUGAUGCUUUUAUAACCUGCCUUGUUCCCCAGCUGUUCAGAAUGAAACAAUGGCUUACAGAAUGUUUUCUUCAGUAUGUUUUAAAAUGUGGCAAAUGAGUUAUCUGAAUAGCCAAACAAACCCAAAAUGUAACUUUUUUUUUCUCGUUAAAUUAGAUGAGAGAAUUUUGCUCGACUAUACAGAGUAAUUCAUAUUUCCCUUUGAUAAACGCAUGAAGGAAUGGCUUCAGUCUUUUUGCUGUUGCACAAACGACUCGGUAGUGAAGCGCGUCAUCAAUGACCUUGCUGCCACGUCAGUCAAAACACUUUUUAUCUAACUUUGUUGUAAAAUUGUAACCCAGUUUGUAAGUAAUGUAGAUUUCUGUGUGUCAGAGCACCCAGAAAUCCAACCAUUGCCUUCACAUUUAUGUUCUAAUAAAUCUUUUAUUUUAGCAGA